AAAAGUAACUAAAAAUUGUAAAAGAAAAAAUUUAACAAUGUUGAUUUGUGGUCCAGCUUUACUUGUGCUUUAUCCAAGCAUUAAGUUGGUUUGUUUCUUUCUACCGUGCGCCGCUUUAUUGGGAAUGUUGAGUGUUUAUCUGGGAGGCCUUUUCUCCCAUUAUACCAAUGUAGCCGCUUUGAAACUGAAUAUGAUCGUAAAUACAACGUCCUUUUAAAACGGACAUUUCAACAAACAAAGUGGUAUUUUAGAUAAAAAUUACGCGUGUAUCUAGAUUUUUUAUUUAUUUCACGGUGCUUAUCAUAUUGAAAGCACAUAACUCGAAUAAGCACUUCCAGAGGAGAUUAUAAUGUAGACUUCGAAACAAGCCGAACGAAGGAAAUCAAUCGUUAUCGGUGUAGUUGCUAUGACAACCGAAUUAUUAUGAAUUUCAAUAUUUGUUUACUAUGGCGACCGACGAAGAGAAAAGUAAAUUAGCAAAAUUGUUGCAAGGACUAGAUGUGCCUGAGGUUAAGUUACCUGAACGCUGUAAUGAGCUAAUUAAGGAAUUUUAUGAAAAGUACGAGAGCACAAUGGUCGACGAGGAUCUGGAUUUCGAAAGGUACGAAAAUCCGUACAUUCCUGACAGAAGAUUGUUGGAAGAAAAUGAAAAGAAACUAAAAGAUUUACUUGCAGAGAGAAAACGUAACAAAAUAAGUAGAACUAAUGCAGCCGAUCCCAAGCGACCAUGGCGAACCAAUUCGAGCAGAGAUAAGCUUUUACGAGUUGACAUUGAACUAAAGCAACAUAGAGCAAGAGCUAUUCAAGCUGUUACACCAUUGGAAGAAGAAAAAAUGAAAGAUCUAGUUAAAGAAUGUCAAGAAGAAACUCUUGUAUCACGUCCCAUCGGAGCUGAUCGAUUAAGAGAGACUGUUGAAGAGGCAAGGAAAAAUUUACCAAACUUUUUGUACAGAAAUAUUGAAAACUCAACAGCAAUAACAAUAUUACCGAAUGCUCACGAAAUGACUUCAAAUAAUCCUGCCAGUGCCUGAGAUCAUGUUCCAUAGAUCAUAUUUAUGAGUCUGCGACGUAUACAUUCGUAAAGAACAUUUUCGAACAUUUGGGAAUAUUUCUUAAUAUUUAAAGCAAUUAUCGAAUGAACACGUUUUUAGUUCUUUUUAAUAAUAACUAAAAUAAGUUGCUCCCGUUAUAACCUUUACAUUUGAUUUGUAGAAAUAAAAAUUAGUGAUUAAUUACUAAUAAAGAACUAAUUCCAUAUUAAAGAAAUUGACAAAUUAGAAGGCUGUUUUAGAUGAUUGUCCCUUGUC